AAGCAUCACAAAGCUUCCGCACCCUCUGCUGCACGGACGCACGCGCAUGCCUCGCCUCUCUCCUCAGCACACAACACAGCAGCCAAGGUGCGCUCGGCUGCGGAGGUGACAGGCUGGAUGCCAUGGACCCGCUGCUGCCCGCAGACCCGGACGUGAUGGAGCGAGAGGCAGACAAGGAUGCGAGGAGGAAGAUCCAGUUCUCCGUGCCUUCCUCCGUUCCCACUCAGCUGGACCCGCUACAGGUGGAGAUGAUUCGACGUCGGAGGCCGACACCAGCCACACUCUUCAGUCUGACGGACCCGCCAUCGCCAGAGGAAGAGAUUGGCCCUCACCAGUGGGUUCUGGGGGAAAACGGAGCCUUGAAACCCAAACUGGUUCACACGGCAACCUACCAGCCACCCUCACUUAAAGCUGUCCAGAGAAUGGCCCUGGCCCACCUGGCCUCCCUAGACAUGUCUGCUGUGGAUAAGGAGGAGCCCUCUUCUGGGGAGGAAGAGAAGGAGCGUGAGAAGGAGAGCCAGCAGACAGUCUCAGCUACAGAUCUAUGGGGAGAAAGCAAACUUCUCAGGGAACAGUGUGCUCCUCCAGACUGUUUGACAGGAAGUACUGAUCUGAGCCGUCACCACGGAGACAAAGACAAGGCCAACGAAAGAGAGGAAGACAAAGGAGAAUGACAAGAGAACAGCAUGUUAGUGUGGAACAGAAGACUUCCAUGGCACCGAUAUGGCCAACGUGUGUGUGUGUGGGUGCCCGUAUGUGUGUGUGUGUGUGUUUGUGUCUGUGAGUGUGUGCGUGCAUGCAACACAUGAGUUCAAUGUGGAAAAGAGAGCGGAAAACAAACGGACAUUCAGGAAGGUCGGAGUAUUAAUGAGCAGGAAUGAGGAAAACUUUAACCUGCGACCUGAGAAGGAAAUCGUCUCUCAGUCAGCCGAGCCAUCCGUACAUGAAAUAUGAGAACUGCCACAUUUAAAAAAAAAAGUUUAUACAGGAUUCAACAGAAGAGACUACAGGAGACAAUGUGUGAAGAAUCAGAUUCUAAAUCACUUUUAUCCACACGCAUGUACAGGGCAUGUCACGUGAUGCUGGUGCUCGACCACACGACUAGAAAGAGCAGAUGAUAAACCAGCAUGUACACCAUGUUAUGCAUAUUCUAAGCAUGUGUACGAUUCUAUUUCAUCUGUAGUUUGAUGUUCAAAGUGCAACAAUGUGUGAGGAUCCUGAUGAGUUUGGUAUUUAUGUUUAUUUCUCACACAGUUUGACCGCAAUUUGUGAACAAGGUCCAGAGGCUAUUGCAUUAUAUAAAACACAGAUAUGGCAUUCUUGAAUACACGAAAAGGCAUACUAUAGUGUGAUAACUAAAUAGUAUACAUUCCUAUUGCAGAGCCAUUUUCUAUUUUAAUUUAACAAAGGAGCUGUAGGGCUGCCUCCAAAGAGACGCCCUCUCAGUUUGCUUUUCACAACCUUGUAGACAUCAAGGUCAAGGAAAUCAGAGGAUGUAUUGCACACAAUUUGAGCGUAGUCGCAGCCACAGCCGACCAGAUUAAAUCCUAUCAGACUAAUCCAAGUAAUGAUGAGAAUGCACCACAGUAAUUCUGAGUUGAUCUUCUAAACAGGCUUUUUUGUCACACACCGAUUAGCAAGCAGGAUCUGUUUGGGAAGGCAGGGAUCCCGGGAAGAAGACCUCUUUUUUUCCACAUGACAUAUGACGCGUGUGAACGUUCAUUCUUGACCUUGUGUGUGUAUAGACGAUGUUUUGUGUUGCUGGCUAAUCAAACAAGUAGAAUGGGCGUCUGGUGUUUGUGAUUGUGUGUAAACAUCGAUGCCCCAAUCAUUUCUUUUCUAAGAAAGGAAAGACAAAAGAUUUUUUUGGGCAUUUCACAUGGAGUCAGUGUGUAAUUUCUACAUGUGGAAAAGUGAUGUUUGAAUGCAGCAGACGACAGCAGACGGCGAGUUUUAUUAAAUGAAAACCCUGAACAUGU